AUGAGCACGGACGAGAUCGGCAAGAAGGCGGACUUGGGCCCCGAGUACCAGCGCGUGCUGCCCCAGGCGCAAGCCGUCGCUGCCAGUGGCCAAGUCGAGCGUGCGUGCGAGAUGCUGCUGACGCUGGAGAAACAGGCGCGUCUGGCCAACGACGUGGCGACACUGAAAGAGGCCGUGGGCGCUAUUUUGACGCUCUGUGCGCAGCACAAGCGCUGGGACCUGCUCUGGGACCACGUGACGCUGCUGUCCAAGCGUCGCGCCCAGAAAUCCAGUGCAGUUACGGUGAUGGUACAGCGUACCAUGUCGUACCUGGCCGACGCGCCUUCAGACGCGGUCAAGAUGGAGCUCAUCCACGCGCUGCGGACAGUGGCAGAAGGCAAGAUCUUCUUGGAGAAGGAGCGAGCGACGUUGACGCAGAUGCUGUCAAAGAUGAAGGAGGCGCAGGGCGAGAUCGACCAAGCAGCGACGAUCUUGCAGGAGGUGCAUGUCGAGACGUACGGAGCCAUGACGAAGCUGGAAAAGACCGAGUUUAUCCUGGAACAAGUGCGGCUCACGCUGGCCAAGAAGGACUUUGUACGCGCGAACAUCUUGGCCAAGAAGAUCUUGCGACGGACGUUGGAGGAACCGGGCUUUGAGGCGUGCAAACUCAAGUUUUACCACUUGAUGAUUGAGUACGACACGCACGAGAACGACACGCUCGAGUUGGGUCGUCAUUGGAUGGCUAUCUUGAACACGGAGACGGUCAAGGAGAAGGACGACUUGUGGCAACAGGCGCUGGAACACGCGACGAUCUUCGUCGUGCUGUCGGCGUAUUCGAACUUGCAGAAUGACCUGCUGUACAAGCUGGCCAGCGAGAAACUGACGGAAAAGAUCCCUGAUUUUGCUGCCAUGCUCAAGAAGUUCACGACCAAGGAGAUCAUUGGCUUCCCUAUGGAACAGGACCAAGCGCUGAAGGAACACCCGGUCUUCAAGCUCAGCGAACGUGGUGCCGAGUGGUGGAAGACCUUGCACACUCGAGUCGUCGAACACAAUAUCCGCGUGGUUGCCGAGCACUUUGACCGUAUUCGUCUACCUCACUUGGCCAACAUGAUUGGACUCACGGAAGACUUGACAGAAAGCAGCAUCUCCACUCUCGUGAGCAACGGAUCCGUUUAUGCCAAGAUUGAUCGUCCUGCCAAGCUGGUUUCGUUCCACAGACCACUCUCGCCGGAAGAGCAGCUUUCGAACUGGUCGGCGGACAUUACCCAGCUGCUUCGCCUCGUCGAGACUACAUGUCACUUGGUCAACAAGGAGAACAUGAUCCACAAGAUUUGA